AUGAGCACCUUCUCAAUUCUCCUUGCUCUCUCCAUCACCAUCCUCCUACACUUGGUGCAAUGUCACAUCAUUGAUGGACACAGCGACCUCAAUCUGGUCGAGCUCAAGCUCGACCAGAUUGCUCUGAAGCAGAAGCUAAGUCGCUUCCGCAUCUAUUGGCACGACAUCCCAACAAGGAACCCCCCUUCAUCAAUACCCAUCGUGAAGCCCGUUACUAAAACGGGAUUCGGGCAAGUCAACAUGAUCGACAACCCGCUAACUCUAGGGCCCGAACUAAGCUCGAAGGCAGUCGGAAAAGCCCAAGGGUUCUAUGGGAUGGCUUCACAAGAGGAGCUUGGGCUAUUGAUGGCUAUGAACUUCUUCUUCACAACCGGGAAGUACAAUGGAAGCACCAUUACUAUUUUGGGAAGGAAUGUUGUGUUUGAUCGCGUUAGAGAAAUGCCGGUCAUUGGCGGUUCCGGGCUUUUUCGUUGGGCCCGUGGCUAUGUGCAGGCCCGAACCCAUGAUUUUGACCUCAAGAGUGGGGCUGCCACGGUUGAGUACACAAUUUAUGUGAUGCAUUAUUGAUUUAAGUAUUUUAAGUAAAUUUAUUUUACGUAAUAGGCUGGUGUGUUAUGAUUAAAUUAUGUGGAAUUUCAAAUGUUUAGUAUCUUGAGAAUUUGGUUGU